UGCCAGCACGUAACUUGAUACAACCGAGUUUAGUCGAUACAAUCGAGCAUUGGCAGCACACAUUUUGGUUCAAUCGAGCUUCCUCGAUUGUUUCGAAAGAUUUGGCAGCACACAAACUUCAAAUUGACGUUUGAAACAAAAGUUUUCACUCGACAGAAAUAAGCUAUCGUCGGCAGUGAUUUUUGUGCGGAAAAAUGGAGAAACAAAAUAUUGAAAAACAAAAUAUGUCCAUAAAUAAAAAACAAAUUGAAAUUUUGACGAACUUCAUGAGUGUUCACUUUGAUUUAGCGAGGGGAAUACUCAAAACUGCCCAAGGGAGGAAAGAUAGCAAUAUGCUGUGGGGAAAAGUGACGGAAUCCCUAAACACAGAGGGUCCUCCACAAAAAGAUCUGAAAGAUUGGAAAAAAACCUGGAGUGAUCUUAAAUACAAGGUGAAGAACAAAUUAAGAAGUAAUAAACUUCACUUAAAAGGCACGGGUGGAGGUCCAUACAUUCAAAAAACAAUCGACGACUUGGAGGAAAAAAUUAUAGAGUGCGCCGGUUUGGAAGCAGCAGUCGAUGGAGUCCCUACAGCAAAAUCCUUUGGAGUUGGACAAAACAACUCAGACAGAAACAUAAAAACUAAAAGCCCGGACAUUUGGGAAGAUAUAGUGUUAGACUAUGCAAACGAAAAUAAUAUUGAUGAAGAAGAAUUAUAUGUGGAAGAUGUAGACAACUCAACUAAAAAGAGAACUUAUCGUCAUAAAAAAGAAAAAGAAAAUGAAAAAGAAAAUUUAAUGAAACAAUAUGUGACUGCAACAGUCACAAUCAAUACGAAAUUGGACAAAAUUCAUGAAACGCUUUGCAGCACUUUAAAAGUCGAAAAAAGAAGACUUGAUUUAGAAGAAAAACAAUAUAAACUAAAAAAAAGAAAGUUUGAGAUGUAUGAAAAGAACCAACAUCAAAAAUUGCGGCUACAGGAAGCAAUGUUGACCACCAAGAUAGAGGAAAAUCGUAUAAGACUUCAAGAGGUGGAAACACGAAAGUUUUAAAAGUUUUUUAUUUAAGCCCAGACGCGCACAUGCAACUAAACAGUUUGGUUUCGUUUUUAGGACUCCCAUGUAAGCCCAUUGUGGUCAAAAUCGAAACCAAACGGCUUAGUUGCAUGCGCACGCCUGGCCUAAGAGUAUGUAUGCAAUGUUCAAAACUUAAAAAUCAUCUAAAAGCUGUCAACAAAUUUUGUGUGCAAGCAUAACCAAAAUGAAAAGAAAAGAUUCCUAAAUCCUUUGUGUUUAAUAUUAGCCCUUAAGUAUUUUUGUAUUUUAUUGUUAGUUUGUAUACCAAAUGAAGUAUUUUUUUUUAUCUAAGUUUAAGAAAUGAAAUGUUCCUUUUUUAAGUUUUUUUUUUUAUGUUUAAAGUUCAUAUGUAGCUAUGUCUAUCUUUUGAUUUAAUAGCU